AUGGAAGAAUAUGCCACAGAAGAGACCACCACCACAACCAAAUCCGACUUUGAAACACACGACAAUGAAAAAUCCGAUUCACAAGCCGCAUUCGAAGAAUCAAGACAUGAGGAAAUCACCAAGCUAGCACGCACAUUCUCGCGUCUCUCACAGCAACAAAGCUCGGGCUCCUCCUCGUCCGAUGCGAUAAACACUUUUCUCGAUCCAACCAAGAAUCCCGAGUUAGAUCCUCUCUCGCCCGAUUUCAGUUCCCGAAAAUGGGUUCGGAACACCCUGCAAAUGACCCGGAAUCCCGACCGCUUUCCGCGUCGCACAGCAGGUGUCUCGUUUCGGAAUUUAAAUGUCUUUGGGUAUGGGACUGCGGCGGAUUAUCAAUUGAAUUUUGCCAAUGUGUGGUUGAAGAUGUUUGAUGGGGCGAAGCAAAUGUUGGGAUUGGGACAAAAGGUGCGCAUUGAUAUUCUUCGAGACUUUGAGGGGAUCGUAGAUCAUGGGGAGAUGGUGGUGGUGCUUGGUCGUCCUGGAAGUGGAUGCACUACUUUUCUCAAGACUAUCGCCGGCGAAACACACGGUCUAUACCUUGGAGAUGGAGUAGAUGUGCAAUACGAAGGAAUCUCCUGGGAUCAAAUGCACAGUCGCUUUCGUGGAGAAGUGAUCUAUCAGGCUGAAACAGAGAUCCACUUUCCUCAGUUAACUGCGGGGGAAACAUUGCUUUUCGCGGCUCAGGCUCGUACCCCGAGUAAUCGGCUCUCAGGCGUUACUCGAGAUCAAUAUGCCUUGCAUAUGCGAGAUGUCACAAUGGCAAUGCUUGGUCUUUCGCAUACUAUGAACACCAAAGUGGGUAAUGAGUAUAUCCGUGGUGUUUCGGGUGGCGAACGGAAGCGCGUUAGUAUUGCAGAGACCACACUGUGUGGAAGUCCUUUGCAAUGCUGGGAUAACAGUACUCGUGGGCUUGACAGCUCGACUGCUUUGGAAUUUGUGAAGAACAUUCGUUUGUCGACUGAUUAUAGCGGGACUACGGCAAUUGUCGCUAUUUAUCAAGCUAGCCAGUCUAUCUAUGAUCUAUUUGAUAAGGCAAUUGUUCUUUACGAAGGACGACAAAUUUACUUUGGUAAAGCCGACGAUGCACGCCGUUUCUUUAUCGAGAUGGGAUUUGAUUGUCCGGAUCGCCAAACUACUGCGGAUUUCCUGACAUCUCUCACCAGUCCGUCGGAACGUCAGGCUCGGCCAGGCUAUGAGAACAGAGUCCCUCGAACUCCGGAUGAAUUUGCUGCGCGUUGGAAGGGAAGUCCCGAGCGAGAGAAACUCAUAGCAGAGAUAGAGGAGAAGAAUUCUCGCAAUCCAAUUGGAGGCAAUCAUCUUGCGGAAUUCAAUAAAUCCCGAGCUGCUGAGAAGGUGAAGAGUGCCCGCGCUGCUUCUCCUUAUACCCUCUCCUAUCCUAUGCAAGUCAAGUUGUGUCUCUGGCGCGGAUUCUUGCGUUUAAAGGGAGAUCUGAGUAUGACCCUGGCAUCCGUGAUUGGCAAUACACUCAUGGGUAUCAUUAUUUCCACGGUUUUUAUCAAUCUACCCGAUGACACGUCCAGUUUCUUCCAGCGGGGUGCAUUGCUCUUUUUCGCCGUUCUGCUCAAUGCAUUCGCUAGCUCUUUGGAGAUUCUCACUUUAUGGCAACAGCGACCAAUUGUUGAGAAGCAUUACAAAUAUGCACUGUAUCAUCCAUCCGCAGAAGCUAUCAGCUCUUAUAUCGUGGAACUACCGUCCAAGAUAUUAGUUGCCAUCACAUUCAACAUUAUCAUCUACUUUAUUCCUCACCUCCGUCGAACACCGGGUCAUUUCUUUACUUUCUUCUUGUUCUCUUUUACCACGACCUUGGUGAUGUCGAAUAUCUUUAGAUGGAUUGGAGCUGCUUCGCGCGCGAUGGCUCAAGCCAUGGUCCCUUCUUCGAUUUUCAUGAUGAUUCUUGUGAUUUACACUGGCUUUGCUAUUCCGACGAGGGAUAUGCAUCCUUGGUUCAGAUGGUUGAAUUGGCUAAAUCCAAUCGCGUACGCUUUCGAGUCAUUGAUGGUCAAUGAAUUCAGUGGCCGACACUUCGAUUGCGAAUCUUAUGUUCCGCAGGGUCCAGGAUAUGAAAACACGCCCCGCAUAAACACAAUCUGCAACGAUAAAGGUGCCGUCGCUGGUCAGACUUUUGUCGAUGGAGAUGCCUACAUUAACACGACUUACGAAUACUACAAAGAGCAUAUGUGGCGCAACUACGGGAUUCUCAUUGCCUUUUAUGUCUUUUUCCUGAUACUCUACAUUAUCACCAGCGAGUUCAUCCGCGCUAAACCUUCCAAGGGUGAGAUCUUGGUGUUCCCACGUGGCAAGAUCCCUCUCAUUGCGAAAAAGAUUCGAAAUGGUGAUUCAGAAAGCGGUCUUUCGGAGAAGAAUCAGGUCGGAGACCCUCAAGACCAAACUGCGCAUCUUGCUGAACAGACCUCGAUCUUUCAUUGGGAGAAUGUCUGUUAUGACAUCAAAAUCAAGGGCAAUCCUCGUCGCAUUCUUGAUGGUGUAGAUGGCUGGGUUAAGCCGGGAACUCUGACUGCACUUAUGGGAGUGACGGGGGCAGGUAAGACAUCAUUACUAGAUGUGCUUGCUGAUCGAGUCACCAUGGGUGUGAUCACGGGUGAAAUGCUUGUCGAUGGCCGUCAACGCGAUAGCUCUUUCCAACGCAAAACAGGCUAUGUUCAACAACAAGAUCUGCAUUUAGAGACCAGUACUGUUCGCGAAGCACUUACGUUUAGUGCCCUGUUGCGCCAGCCUCACAAGAUUCCGUACGCAGACAAGAUUGCCUACGUCGAAGAAGUUAUCAAAAUGCUUAAUAUGGAAGAGUACGCGCAGGCAAUCGUUGGUGUAUUGGGUGAAGGGUUGAACGUGGAACAACGCAAGAGAUUGACUAUUGGAGUGGAAAUUGCUGCGAAGCCUGAUCUGCUUCUUUUCUUUGAUGAGCCGACCUCCGGUCUUGAUAGUCAGACAGCAUGGUCGAUUUGCUCAUUGAUGCGCAAGCUUGCAAAUCAUGGACAAGCUGUUCUGUGUACCAUUCAUCAGCCGUCUGCCAUUCUGAUGCAAGAGUUUGAUCGUUUGCUUUUCCUAGCUAAGGGUGGCCGCACUGUGUAUUUCGGAGAGUUAGGCUCCAACAUGGAGACCUUGAUUAAGUAUUUUGAGAACAAGGGCUCAAUCAGUUGUCCAAAGGAUGCGAACCCUGCAGAAUGGAUGCUUGAGGUUAUUGGAGCUGCGCCAGGCUCUCAUGCAGACCGCGACUGGGCUGAGGAAUGGACUAACAGUCCCGAACGAGUAGCUGUCCGCGAAGAACUCGUACAGAUGAGAGAGAAGCUAUCCCAACAACCUGAAGCCCCAACAGCAACUGGAUACGGCGAAUUCGCAACUCCAAUCUGGUACCAGUUCCUCAUUUGCAUUCGUCGAAUGUAUCAGCAAUAUUUCCGAAGUCCAGGAUAUCUUUACUCGAAAACUGCAAUGUGUAUCCUGCCGCCCAUAUUCAUCGGAUUCAGUUUCUGGCGCGAACCAAACAGUCAACAAGGACUCCAAAACCAGAUGUUCGCAAUCUUCAUGCUUCUCAUCAUCUUCCCCAAUCUAGUCCAACAAAUGAUGCCGAGUUUCUGUGUCCAGCGCUCAUUGUACGAAGUCCGCGAGCGUCCUUCCAAAGCAUACUCCUGGAAAGCAUUCAUGUUGGCUAGCAUCUUCACCGAGCUGCCGUGGAAUGUCAUUAUGGCCGUCCCCGUUUAUUUCUCAUGGUACUAUCCGAUCGGACUCUAUCGUAAUGCGCCACCGGGCGCGGAGGCGGAACGGGGCGGGACAAUGUUCCUGCUCAUUCUGGUUUUCUUGAUGUUUACAUCGACGUUUAGUUCGAUGAUGAUCGCUGGUAUUGAUCAGCCGGAAACGGGCUCGAAUAUUGCGCAGUUGAUGUUCUCGCUUUGUUUGGUUUUUAAUGGUGUCCUCGCAAGUCCCACCCAAUUGCCCCGGUUCUGGAUCUUCAUGUACCGACUCUCGCCCUUUACCUACCUCGUCUCAGCAGUCCUUUCAACCGGCUUAUCAGGAAGCAAGGCGAAAUGCUCCAGCAUCGAGCUCCUAACCAUCAGCCCACCCUCCGGACAAAAUUGCUCCAGCUUCCUAGACACAUACAAGACAAAUUACCGGGCUACAUUACUAAACCCCGAUGCGACGUCUGAUUGUCAGUUAUGUUCCAUCUCAACGACUGAUGAGUUCUUAGCGGCUAUCAAUGUUUAUUUCAGCGAUCAUUGGAGGAAUAUCGGCUUGCUUUUCGUCUAUAUCGUGUUUAAUAUCUUCAUGGCUAUUUUCUUGUAUUGGCUUGUGCGGGUGCCUAAGAAUUGGUCUCGCAAGGUUAAGCAAGCAUGA